AAAAGUCCAACACAAAUGCAGAAGGUUGUUUUGAAGUUGGGUUUGCAUGAUGACAAAGCCAAACACAAGGCUUUAAAGUCGGUCUCAAUUCUUUCAGGAAUCGACUCCAUUGCCAUGGAUAUGAAGGCAAAGCAGUUGACAGUGAUUGGAACAGUUGAUCCAGUAAACGUGAUGAGCAAAUUAAGCAAGUACUGGCCAACUGACAUAGUAUCAGUAGGGCCAGCAAAAGAGCCAGUGAAGAAGGAGGAGCCAAAGAAGGAAGAACCACCCAAGAAAGAGAAGGAACCACCGAAGAACGAGGAGCCGAAGAAGAAGGAAGAACCCAAGAAAGAGAAGAAAAAGCCUGUGCCGCCACCAGACCCUGUGUCGGAGCUUGUCAAGGCCUACAAAGCAUACAAUCCUCACAUGACCACUUACUACUUUGUUCAAAGCAUGGAAGAGAAUCCAAAUGCUUGUGUUAUUUGUUGACCAAAAAUGGUAAUGGGAAUA